AAUCUCCGAUUGCUGACGUCACUAGGAGUAUUUUGGGCCGUCGACUGACUGCGUUUACUACGGAAACUCAAACGAAAUGGUUGUUAGAUCAUUUUCUUCGGUUUCUCGACUUUUAUGCAAGUGUCUUCAGGAAAACAGAUGCGUAACGCGUUUAAACGUAGCAAAAACUUAUUACACCUACUCCAAAGAACCGUUUCAACCUCUGAAUAGACAACCCAAAUGGACGUCGGCCGAAGAAGCUGUUAGUCUUAUAAAAUCAGGAGACACAGUUUUUGUACAUGGAGCUGCCGCAACACCACGUAUAUUGGUGCCUGCUAUGGCAGAGCAUGGCAAGAAAGCAAAUUUGAAAGAUGUAACUGUUUGUCACAUUCAUACUGAAGGAGCAGCAGAAUAUACUCGCCCAGAAUUUCAAGGUAUAUUCCGUAGUAACUCUUUCUUUGUUGGUGGGAAUUGCCGUGAACCAAUAAAUUCUGGUCGUGCUGAUUUUGUACCAAUAUUUUUAAGUGAAAUUCCGCUUCUUUUCCAUCGUGGCAUUGUUCCUUGCGAUGUAGCAAUGCUUCAGGUAACACCACCUGAUAAGCAUGGUUAUUGCAGUUUUGGUACGAGUGUUGAUACUGCAAGGGCAGCUGUUCAGCAUGCAAAAUAUAUAAUUGGUCAAGUGAAUCCUCGUAUGCCUCGAACUUUUGGUGAUGGAAUCGUUCAUGUGUCACAUUUUGAUGCUCUCGUUGAAGGCGAAGUGGAAUUACCAGAAUUGAAAUCUGAAAAAUUAGGAGAAGUUGAGCUUGCUAUUGGAAAACUUAUUGCCGACAAUCUAGUAGAAGAUGGAGCAACUUUACAAAUGGGUAUUGGUUCUAUUCCGGAUGCAGUUCUUGCCAGUUUGAGAAACCAUAAAGAUUUAGGUGUUCAUUCUGAAAUGUUUAGUGAUGGAGUUGUUGAUUUAGUAGAAUUAGGUUGUAUUACCAAUCAUCACAAGAAGAUUUGUCCGGGAAAAAUUGUAGGAAGCUUCACGAUUGGUAGUCGACGCUUAUUUGAUUUUAUGGAUGAUAAUCCAUUUAUAGUUAUGUUAGUAGUAGAUUAUGUUAACGAUAAUGUUAUCAUUGCAUCAAAUCCAAAAGUAACUGCUAUUAAUUCUUGCAUCGAAAUUGAUCUUACUGGUCAAGUGGUUUCCGAUUCUAUCGGCACUAGAAUCUAUUCAGGUGUUGGAGGUCAAGUCGAUUUUCUGAGAGGAGCUGCCAUGGCUUUCGAUGGUAAAGGUAAAGCCAUUCUAGCUAUGCCCUCGACCACAAACAAGGGUGAAUCUAAAAUUGUGCCAUUUUUGAAACAAGGUGGUGGUGUUGUUACUUCAAGAGCUCACAUUCAUUAUGCAGUCACCGAAUAUGGUAUAGCUUAUCUGUUUGGAAAGAAUAUUCGUCAGCGUGCCCAUGCACUCAUUGAAAUUGCACAUCCUAAGCACAGAGAAAGUCUGGAAAAGGCAGCUUAUGAACGUCUAAAAUGCAUGCCAUCAGCAUAAAUUUUUAGUCAAACCAUAAUCAAUGCAAAUUUUUCACCAUAGUUGAGAACUGGCUCACUAGAUCAACUGUGAUUUCGAAAAAAAAAAAAUAUUAGAAAAAAAAUUCAUAAAUUUUUUUAUAUACAUUAGAAUGAUAAAACAAAACUACUUUAUUCAAGAACAAAAAAUUCAGAGUAGGAAAAAAAUUUAAUCAAAAGUUUUAAUUUAGGUUUGCACGAGACCAUUUAUAUAUAUACAGCGAGGAAAUUUAGACAAUUUUUAAGCCAAAUAAAACUCGGAUUUGAUUACAAAUAUCUUUCUUUACUAGAAUAGGGUCCAAACUUACACAAAAGGAGAAUUUAUCAAGUAAUUGUUUUUUGUUACAACUCUUAGCAAUUGUUAAAAUUUGAUUGUUUUAACCUGUCAAAAAAUUUUCUUGUCUAAACGGGCUUUGUUGUUUUGUGUAAUUCCGAUGUAAAAAGUUGCUGCAGUUCUGAGAAAAGAGAGAUGAACACAAUAUAUUUUAAAAUCCUGUUUGUUCAUUUUACUAAGCUAACGCUCUAUCAGAGAAGAAAAAGCUAGAAUAAUAAUUGGUGUAAGCUGGAGCUUUCCCGUCCAUCCUAUCCUUUGUAACAUUUAAAAUGUUCAAUAUCAAUAAAUGGGGAAAAUGCCAAAUAAAAGUAAGCUCAUAUUUAUUUUUUUUUA